CUUUAGUUACGUCAAGCUAAACUUAUUGAUCACUCAAUUAAAGUCUGCUAACAACAAUGCAUGUGAAACUUUCAUACAUGUUUGUGUUGCAUUUUCUUUACAUUCUUAGAGUUCAAAGUCAUGAUGAAGGACGACCUAUGGUUAAGCUUAACGAAGGGAGGGUAAUUGGUACAUAUAUGUCAACAAGAAAUGGCAACAAGAUAAGUGCGUAUAUGGGUAUUCGAUAUGCUGAACCGCCUGUUGGAAACCUGCGGUUUAUGCCUCCAACACCUACAAAACCAUUGACUGGUGACUGGGAGGCCACCAAGUUUGGCUCAAUAUGCCCCCAAGAAGAUCUAUUCUCACCAACACCAAAUUAUUUCCAAGGAGAUGAAGACUGCUUGUUUCUCAACGUGUUCACCCCACAGAUGAAUGAGACGAAAACGAAAUCAUACGCUGUAAUGCUCUUUAUACACGGUGGCGGGUAUUUCUUCGGUUCGGCCAAUUUUUAUGGCCCGGGCUAUCUACUAGACGAAAAUGUGAUCUUAGUUACCACCAAUUAUAGGAUUGGUGCGUUGGGAUUUCUUUCCACCGGUGACUCGGUGGUACCCGGUAACAACGGCUUAAAGGAUCAAGUUGUAGCAUUGCGAUGGGUUCGUGAUAAUAUUCAGGCGUUUGGCGGAGAUCCAAACCGAAUUACCAUCUUUGGAGAAUCUGCCGGAGCGGCUAGUGUACACCUCCACAUGUUUUCUCCACUCAGCCGAGGGCUCUUUAAUAAUGCGAUAUCUCAAAGCGGUACGGCUUUUAACUUUUGGGCAUUCCGAGAUACAAAUGCCGCAGUGGAAGACGGCAAGGUCCUUGCUAAGCAUUUUGGGUGUUCCACUGAGGACCACUACAGGAUGGUGGAGUGCUUGCAAUCCGUAGACGCUAAGGCGAUAGUACAAGCGAGACGGAUCUUUUACGAAUGGGCAGAUGAGCCGAUCAUAUCAUUCACACCUGUCGUGGAACCAAUCCAAAAUGGUGCGUUUUUACCAGUUCAUCCGCUUAGCGUUUUAAAGCAGGGGAAUUAUGCACCAGUGCCUUGGAUUAGUGGUGUAAAUAGCGAAGAAGGUGCCAUAAAGUUUUCGCCUAUAUUUUUGCAGAAAAAACUUCUGGAAGAUCUGAAUCAAGAUUUUAAUCACAUUAUGGCUUUAACUGUGAACACCAAAAACAAAAAAUUUGAAAAUGACGCAAGCAAAAUUCGAGAAUUUUACUUUGGAACCAAAAAGAUUGGCGCGGACACUUUUGUAAACUCUGUAAAUUUGUAUUCGGACUUGUAUUUUACUGUCGCUACUCAAAAUGCUGUUAAUCUUCACUUUAAAUACUCCCAGCAACCUGUAUACUACUACAUGUAUUCACAUGCGGGCAGAAACAGUGCGACCGAAUCAUUUCUUCCUGCCUUCCGACACGGUGCGAGUCAUGCAGACGAGCUACUUUUACUAUUUCCCAUGGCUGGAUUAUUUGAAAACACUCCGUUGGACCACAUCGAUUACCAUUACUCUAAUUUGCUGGUGAAGUUGUGGACGAAUUUUGCAAAAUACGGCGAUCCGACGCCGAGCACAAAUUCAAUAAUUACGGUAAAAUGGCAACCGGUUAAGACAGCGGAUUUGGAAUACUACCACAUUGGAGGAGGAGUACAUGUUUCCAGCAACUUAUAUUCCGAGAGAAUGAAAUUUUGGAAAGCGUUUAAGAGCGGAAUUGAAUCCGUAGUUACCCAUGACGAAUUGUAACACAAUAUGUACCCAAAAGUCGGUCGUUGCAUUUGAAAUAUUAGAUAAAAUUGGUUUUUUAGGAAAAUGUAAUAAACUUUGUCAUCAAUAAAAUCCCAGGUAAAAUCCUGAACAAAUUGA